GCCGCGGCGCACGUCCCGGUCCGUGCACCCUGCUGGCCGCGCCAUGGCCGCGCUCACCCGCAACCCGCAGUUCCAGAAGCUGCAGCAAUGGCACCGCGAGCACGGCUCCGAGCUCAACCUGCGGCACCUUUUCGAUACCGACAAGGAGCGCUUCAACCACUUCAGCUUGACGCUCAACACCAACCAUGGCCAUAUUCUGUUGGAUUACUCCAAGAACCUGGUGACGGAGGAGGUGAUGCACAUGCUGCUGGACCUGGCCAAGUCCAGGGGUGUGGAGGCCGCGCGGGAGUCCAUGUUCAAUGGUGAGAAGAUCAACAGCACGGAGGACCGGGCAGUCCUGCAUGUGGCCCUGCGGAACCGCUCCAACACACCCAUUGUGGUGGACGGCAAGGACGUGAUGCCGGAAGUCAACAAGGUUCUGGACAAGAUGAAGGCCUUCUGCCAGCGGGUCCGCAGUGGCGACUGGAAGGGGUACACGGGCAAGACCAUCACGGACGUCAUCAACAUUGGCAUCGGUGGCUCCGACCUGGGACCCCUCAUGGUGACCGAAGCUCUGAAGCCAUACUCGUCGGGAGGCCCCCGCGUCUGGUUUGUCUCCAACAUCGAUGGGACCCACAUUGCCAAAACGCUGGCCUGCCUGAACCCCGAGUCGUCCCUGUUCAUCAUCGCCUCCAAGACCUUUACCACCCAGGAGACCAUCACGAACGCAGAGACGGCCAAGGACUGGUUUCUCCUGUCCGCCAAGGAUCCUUCUACAGUUGCGAAACACUUUGUCGCGCUGUCUACUAACACGGCCAAAGUGAAAGAGUUUGGAAUUGACCCUCAAAACAUGUUCGAGUUCUGGGACUGGGUGGGAGGACGCUACUCGCUGUGGUCAGCCAUCGGCCUCUCCAUCGCCCUGCACGUGGGUUUUGACAACUUCGAGCAGCUGCUCUCCGGGGCUCACUGGAUGGACCAGCACUUCCGCACGACGCCCCUGGAGAAGAACGCCCCCGUCCUGCUGGCCAUGCUGGGGAUCUGGUACAUCAACUGCUUUGGGUGUGAGACUCAGGCCGUGCUGCCCUAUGACCAGUACCUGCACCGCUUUGCAGCCUACUUCCAGCAGGGUGACAUGGAGUCCAAUGGGAAGUACAUCACCAAGUCCGGCGCCCGUGUGGACCACCAGACGGGCCCCAUUGUGUGGGGGGAGCCGGGGACCAACGGCCAGCAUGCCUUCUACCAGCUCAUCCACCAAGGCACCAAGAUGAUACCCUGUGACUUCCUCAUCCCAGUCCAGACCCAGCACCCGAUCCGGAAGGGUCUGCACCACAAGAUCCUGCUGGCCAACUUUCUAGCGCAGACCGAGGCCCUGAUGAAGGGGAAAUCGACAGAGGAGGCCCGUAAGGAGCUGCAGGCUGCAGGCAAGAGUCCCGAGGACCUCAUGAAGCUGCUGCCACACAAGGUCUUUGAAGGAAAUCGCCCAACGAACUCUAUCGUGUUCACGAAGCUCACACCAUUCAUCCUUGGAGCCUUGAUCGCCAUGUAUGAGCACAAGAUCUUCGUCCAGGGCAUCGUCUGGGACAUCAACAGCUUCGACCAGUGGGGAGUGGAGUUGGGAAAGCAGCUGGCUAAGAAGAUCGAGCCGGAGCUGGACGGCAGCAGUCCCGUGACCUCUCACGACUCCUCCACCAACGGGCUCAUCAACUUCAUCAAGCAGCAGCGUGAGGCCAAAAUCCAAUAAACUCGUGCUCGGCCGCAGCCCCUGUCGUGACUGGUCCUUGUCCCACCUCACCAGAGUCUGCACUGCAUGGCCCUGGCCCUCCCUGCCCAGAGCACUCUCGGGCCGUGGGCUUAGACCCCCAGCCCCUUGAGUGGGUGGGGUGGGGCACUCGAAGCCAGUCUGGAUCCACCACUGCCACCCCUUCGACGUCCACUGUCCCUGUUUUACGAUUGGCUGAAGUGUGUCAGUGCCGCUGAUUCGUUUGACCUGUGAUCACAUCUCAAAUAGAAAAAUAAAGAUGUCACAAAGG